CGCCUAGCUAGCAAAUCCCUACCUCAUCUGAACUGGAAGUUUCCAUCAAAUCUGAGAACAACUUCCCGACAGCGGCAGGUCUGGCAUCAUCGGCAGCCGGAUAUGCUUGUCUAGUUUCAGCUUUGGCCAAGCUGUACGAGAUAGAAGAUAAUGUUUCCUUCAUAGCUAGGAUGGGAUCUGGGAGUGCUUGUAGGAGCAUGUAUGGUGGAUGGUUCGGAGAUCGAGCAGACCAUUGAGCCAGGUCCUUCUUGACGUAUCCAACGAUUGUAUGUUCCUGUUAAGCAGUUAAACACGUACUAUCAACCACCAAGAAGCUGCUGGAUGUAACUCAAAAAAUGCUUGACGUAUUUGAAAGAAGUUUAGUAUAUGUCGAGGAAAUUGUAGUCUCGCGCUCCAGCUAUAGGUUCUUUGGUGUAAAGGAUCAUCUCCUGAUGGUAGGGACUCGAUCGCAAAGCAAAUUGCGCCAGCUUCUCAUUGGCCAGAAAUGAGAGUAUUAAUAUUAGUAGUGAAUGAUGAAAGGAAAAAGUACAGUUCUACUGAUGCAAUGAAGAGAAGUGUCGAAACCAGUGAACUUCUUAAAUACAGAGCAAACCAAAUAGUUCCAAAAAUGACCAAAGCAUGCAUAGAAGCUAUUCAGAAAAAAGACUUUGAAAUCUUUGCUGAGAUCACUAUGAAGGAAUCCAAUAGCAUCCAUGCAAUAUGUCAAGACACAUAUCCGCCUUGUGUUUAUUUGAAUGACACAUCCCAUACUGUUGCUAAUGCCGUUCACGCUUAUAAUGAAUUCAAAUCGUCAAACAAAGUGGCAUAUACAUAUGAUGCAGGCCCCAAUGCAGUCUUGUACUUAUUAGAUUCGAGUGUAGACGAGUUCAUGUCAGUUAUAAAUUAUCUUUUCCCACCUCAAGAUACUGCAGAGUAUUAUAAGGGUUUGCCUCUGUCAUCCAAUCAGUUGUCACAGGAUUUAAAAAUGGCACUGAACAUCCCUGUUCAAGAGCCAGGAUGUCUCAAAUAUAUCAUCCAUACAAAAAUUGGAGAAGGUCCUAAAAUUCUGACUGAUCCUCAACAACAUUUAUUGUGAAAAACUGGAUAUAUCUUGUUUUGGCCAAUGUAAUAAUUCAAUAAUAUGGUUGAAUAUAGAUAAUCUAAAGCAUCUGUCAUAGCAGGAUCUAAACAUAUUUUGUAAUCUGGUGGUUAAAAUCAAUAAAAUACAUUUUGAACAAAUUAA